UAUUCCUGUGUGAAUGUGGCUGUGGUGUGUGUUCAGUGGGUGCUUCCUGAGAUGGUCGCUCAGGCGCUGGCCACGGUGCUGAUGCUGGUCUCCACGCACUGGUUUGUGUUCCUGCUCAACCUCCCUGUGGCAUCCUGGGACGUGUACAGAUACGUGAAGGUUCCCCUGGGGAACAUGGGAGUGUACGAUCCCACGGAGAUCCACAACAGAGGCCAGCUCAAGUCCCACAUGAAGGAGGCCAUGAUCAAACUGGGCUUCCACCUCCUCUGCUUCUUCAUCUACCUGUACAGGUGAGGAUCAAGCCCGAGUUUGGGAGGCAAACCUCUGAAAACACAGCGCUCA